AUGUUCCUCGCUCCCAGCUACGCAUUCGCAAGCUCAGGCAUCGGAGAACAAGUUGUCUUUUAAAACGACCCCCAGACCUGACACUUCACUGUACGAUACAGCCCGCCUCUUUUGUAGUCUGAUUAUUCCCUUGUGUUCCUGGUGCACUAACAACAUGACAGGGAAGGUCAUUCAAGCCACACCCAGCCUUAUGGACUCCCAAACUAGCUAUGCGGACAGAAGCUGGACCAUGUCCUUCGUCGAGGCCGCGCAGAGAGAAAGGCGACGAAGGGAAGAACACACGACGGACGUCCAACAGUCAAUCCUCGCAUAUAGAUUGGCGGCUGAGCGCAAGAUUGAGGAUGCCUUUCGAGUCAACUUGUUCGUUCCCUCCAGCGGCCGGCCAACAACGCUACCAGCCCGUCCCAAAACAAAGCCGAAAUGACAGAAAAGAAGGACUAAAACUAUAAACAAAGGCUGUUCCAGGUAAGUGAUGGUGUCACAGAUCCUGCGGAG